CAGAAGCAGUUUAUUCAAGUAUCACCCAGAGUGCCAGGAGGAGCUGGAACUUAAGUGUUUUAAAUUAUUAUUUACUGUUCAAUUUACAGACUUGAACCAGAGUCCUGAGUAAUAAAGAACUGGAAAUAAGAUUCUCAGGUGAAAUAAGGUAUUUAGAAGGACUUGACAAAAACUUACAAGGAGUCCAUGCUCUGAAGACAUGAGUGAAUAUAUGCUCUUAUUCCUCUUGGCUUUGUGCUCUGCUAAGCCUUUCAUAAGCCCUUCAUACUUCACAUUUAAGAACAUGAUGCUUAUGGAUAUGGAAGACAUGGAUGACGACGACGAUGAUGAUGAUGACGAUGACGACAAGGACGAUGACAAUUCUCUAUUUCCAACCAGGACACCCAUAAUACCCUUUGACAUAUUUCCAGUAUGUCCCUUUGGAUGUCAAUGCUACUCAAAAGUUGUUCACUGUUCUGAUCUGGGUUUGACUUCAAUACCAAGGAAUAUUCCUCAUGAUACUCGCAUGAUAGACCUUCAAAACAACAAAAUUAGAGAGGUCAAGGAAAGUGAUCUUAAAGGACUUGCAUCACUUUAUGCACUUGCAUUGAACAACAACAAAAUAACCAAGAUCCACCCCAAAGCCUUUCAAUCCACAAAGAAGUUGCGGCGCCUCUACCUGUCCCAUAACCAUUUAACUGAGAUUCCGGCAAAUCUACCAAAAAGUUUAGCAGAAAUAAGAAUUCACGAUAACAAGGUUAAAAAGAUACACAAAGAAGCAUUUAAAGGAAUGAAGUCUUUACAUGUUCUAGAGAUGAGCGCAAAUCCUCUUGACAAUGAUGGUAUAGAACCUGGUGCUUUUGAAGGUGUGACAGUUUAUCAUAUCAGAAUUGCAGAAGCAAAAUUAACCUCUGUCCCUAAAGGGUUGCCAUCCAGUCUGCUGGAACUUCAUCUAGAUGACAACAAAAUUUCUGCAGUAGAACUUGAGGAUUUUAUUCGGUAUAAAAACCUUCAAAGGUUGGGGCUGGGAAACAAUAGAAUCAAAGAUGUUGAAAAUGGAAGCUUUGCUAAUAUACCAAAUGUGCGAGAAAUCCAUCUAGAAAAGAACAAACUGAAAAGAAUUCCUUCUGGAUUUCCAGAACUAAAGUAUCUGCAGGUCCUCUUUCUUCAUUCUAACAGUAUUUCAAAAGUGGGAGUGAAUGAUUUUUGUGCAACAGGAGGAAGGCUGAAGAAGACAUUAUACAGUGGCAUUAGUUUAUUCAACAAUCCAGUAAAAUACUGGGAUAUCCAACCUGGAACAUUUCGCUGUAUAUUAAAUAGAAACAGUGUGCAAAUUGGAAAUUAUGGGAAAUGAUUGUAUAUUCAAAACAUCAGUCAAUCAGAAAUGUUAAAAUCAGCAUUAUAAUACUUGAAAUCUGUUGAAGAUGGACAAUUUUAUCUUGUCUAAUUGCAGUACAAAAUACCUACAAUUAUUUCAGAGGUAGUAAACUGGUAGCAUAAGAUAUCAUUAAUGCCCUUUGCUUUAUUCUUUUGAAUUUACAAGUGAGGCAAGUGAGGCAAACGUUUUAGAAUAAAAUGUUUAUUGAACACUAAGCUGGAAACUCAUUAGUUGUUUCCUGUCAUCAUUGUCCGAGGCAUGUAGGAGUGAUAUAAACGAUUUUUGCUUAGCAGAAAAUAAUAAAAAGGCUUAACACAACUUUUUUCUUGUUAAGCUAAUUAUUUUUGUAUUGCAAAGGUUUCACAUAAGUAUAUAUCAGAUUUUAAGGAAUAAUUGUGAACCUUUAAGUUAACAAAAGUAAACUAAACUGGCUAAGAAGACACUUUAAAAGGUACUGUACUGUUAGCUGGUCUAAUACAUCUAUUCAGACUAGAUAAUAUUUAAAUCAUUGUAGUAAAAUGAAAGACAGUAUUGAUACCAUACUCUUAAAGCUUCAAAGCCUUUAGUAUUUAUUCAUGUAGUUUCCCCUAAAACUGUACAAUAUUUUGGUAACAGAAAUGUAAGCUGAAUAUUAAUAUUAUAGAAAUCCUAUAGGGUUGUUUUUGUUGUUUUUAGGAAGAAUGAUUAAAUUCUCUACAGGCCAGUAUAGAUAUAUUAUUCUGUUAUAUUAUUGUAAAAUAAUAUUUACUCCAAUUGACAGUUUGGGGCACAAUGUGAAGACCUGCACUCACAAAAAAAUAGUACUCUAUCAUGAAGGGGAAAACUUUAUGCACACAUAGGAAUUCCAAACAUACAUAGCCUUCCCCUACUAAAUACAGCAAAAAAAAGCACCCCUCAUUGUGCCAAACUAUGUAAAUGCAUAUUGGAGACACAGGAUCAUGAACAUUGUGUGCUAAUCUUGUAUAUGAAUUCCAUAUAAUUUGCUUGAAUUAUAUAACAUUCCUGAAUCCAACAUGCAUAUAACACAAACUAUAUAUUUGGUCAUGGUUGCUAAAGGAAAUGGAAUAAUUGAUGACAGUACUGUAUAAAAGUGGCUACUUUACCUAUAUAUUUAGUGUAUGUGUGUUAUUCAUGAUAACAGUAAGUUAAAUUACUUUUAAAGCUUUAAAUUGUGUCACAUUAAACAUGUUGGAUUAAAACACA